GUCUUGAAUCGGAGAGAAAAUGUCCCUUUACGAUGACUUGGGAGUUGAGACCAGCGAUUCAAAAACGGAAGGCUGGUCCAAAAAUUUCAAGCUACUGCAGUCUCAGUUGCAGGUGAAGAAAGCAGCUCUCACACAAGCAAAGAGCCAGAGAUCAAAACAAACAACAGUCCUCGCUCCAGUGAUUGACCUGAAACGAGGCAGCUCUUCAGAUGAGAGGCAGAUUGUGGACACACCACCUCAUGUAGCAGCUGGAUUAAAGGAUCCUGUACCUAGUGGCUUUUCUGCAGGAGAUGUGUUAAUUCCUUUGGCAGACGAAUAUGAUCCCAUGUUUCCAAAUGAUUAUGAGAAAGUGGUAAAACGUCAAAGAGAGGAACGACAGAGACAGCGUGAACUGGAGAGGCAAAAGGAGAUUGAAGAAAGAGAAAAAAGGCGUAAAGACAGACACGAAGCCAGUGGGUUUUCAAGAAGACCGGAUCCGGAUUCUGAUGAAGAUGAAGAUUAUGAAAGGGAGAGAAGAAAAAGAAGUAUGGGAGGAGCUGCUAUUGCACCACCUACAUCUCUUGUUGAGAAGGACAAAGAACCUGUGGCAAAUUUUCCGUAUGAAGAAGAGUCAAGGCCUCGGGCUCCUUCUUCCAAAGCAGCUAUUCCUCCCCCGGUGUAUGAUGAGCCAGAAAGACCUCGUUCACCCACAGGACCCAGUAACUCCUUCCUUGCUAACAUGGGAGGCACGGUAGCUCAUAAAAUCAUGCAGAAGUAUGGUUUCAGAGAGGGCCAGGGGCUGGGGAAGCACGAACAGGGGCUGAGCACAGCACUGUCGGUAGAGAAAACAAGCAAGAGAGGUGGCAAGAUCAUUAUUGGGGAGGUCACAGAAAAAGCAGAUGCAACCAAGAAAACGGAUUCUAACCCGUUAACUGAGAUACUGAAAUGCCCUACUAAAGUGGUCCUCUUAAGGAAUAUGGUAGGUGCUGGGGAGGUAGAUGAAGAUCUAGAAGUUGAAACUAAGGAAGAAUGCGAAAAAUAUGGCAAGGUUGGGAAAUGUGUCAUCUUCGAGAUUCCUGGUGCACCUGAUGACGAAGCUGUAAGGAUAUUUUUAGAGUUUGAGCGGGUUGAAUCUGCAAUCAAAGCUGUGGUGGAUCUAAAUGGAAGGUACUUCGGUGGCCGAGUGGUGAAGGCUUGUUUCUACAACCUGGACAAGUUCAGAGUACUGGAUCUGGCAGAGCAAGUUUGAUUUUAAAAAUCUAGCUCGAGGUGUCACUGUUCUGGCAAUCAUGUUUUCAGCAGUAGGCUGGGAAUAAGGAAGAGAAAAGGAGCUUUCCUAGCAAACUGGAAACAGGCCUCAUUGAAUGGAUUUUUCGCAUUCGUUGUGACUUACAUUUUUUGUAAUAUAAAGCCCUUUGAAAGUAAAAUUCACGUCUGUGUGGUUUUGAAUUGCACAAUUCUGCUUAUUGCUCUGGGAAUUUUUUGUUUUGAGCUUUCAAAGGACUUUGUUGUUUUGAACCCCACUGCUGAGGAGAUGCUUUGUCUGUAUUCCUGCUUUCCUUGUUCUGGUGCUUCAUCAUGGAGUCCGCUGUGCUGCAUCCACAAUAAGUGGGAAGCUUUGGAAAAGGACAGUGUGCUAUCGUGCUUCUUUCCUCGUGGUGUCUCCCAGAAUUCCAGCCUUGCUCGUAAGUCCUCAGUCUCCGAACUCCAGCGUGAUCUGGGGUCGUUGGAUGAUUGGCAGCUAAUUUGUUCUCCAGUUUGACUCCAGGACAAUACUUUC